AUGGCCAAGGGACGUGUCAAGAAGCGCACCCAUCUUCGCGCGCAAAAUGCUUCGGCCGGUGCGAAGAGCGCCGCUUCUUCUACAGCCAAGCCCCCGAAGUCCAUGGUCAUCCGAGUAGGUGGCUCUCAGGUUGGCACCAGUGUAAGCCAGCUGGUCAAGGAUGUUCGCCAGAUGAUGGAGCCCGAUACAGCAGUGCGAUUGAAGGAACGCAAAUCCAACCGGCUGCGCGACUAUACAGUGAUGACCGGCCCGCUCGGUGUCACACAUCUUCUUCUGUUUUCCAAAUCCCGGACGGGCAACACCAACAUGCGUCUCGCGGUCACGCCUCGGGGUCCGACGCUCCACUUUCAAGUCGAGAACUAUUCGCUCUGCAAGGAUGUCGAGAGGGCACUGAAGCGCCCGCGGAGCGGCGGUCAAGAUCAUAAGACACCACCAUUGCUGGUGAUGAACAACUUCAGUUCUGCGGAUGCAACGGAAGAUUCCAAAGUUCCCAAACGGCUCGAGACUCUCACCACCACCAUCUUUCAAUCCCUCUUCCCUCCGAUCAACCCCCAAGCCACGCCUUUGUCCACUAUCCGCCGUGUCAUGCUGCUGAACAGAGAGCCUUCCGAGUCCGAGGAGGAAGGUUCGUACAUGUUGAGUCUCCGGCAUUACGCCAUCGCCACAAAAAAGACAGGAGUCCCGAAACGCAUCCGCCGGCUGGACCCCAAAGAGAUCCGGAACCGCGAUAAGAAGAAGGCUGCCGUCCCAAACCUUGGCAAGCUGGAAGAUGCCGCCGAUUACCUCCUUGACCCGUCUGCGGCUGGGUAUACAUCUGCGAGCGAGACCGAACUCGACACCGACGCCGAGGUGGAGGUUGCGGAGAGCACCACCCGAAGAGUCCUCAACAAGCGGGAGAUGCAGCGCAUAAAGGCUAGCGAAAAAGGCGAGAAAAAACCCGCCAACACCCCCGGGGUCGAGAAACGUGCGGUGAAACUGGUGGAGUUGGGCCCGCGCUUGAAGCUCCGAUUGAUGAAGGUUGAAGAGGGUGUUUGUGAGGGCAAGAUUAUGUGGCACGACUUCAUUACGAAAUCGGAGAAGGAAAUCAAAUCCAUGGACCAGAGCUGGAAUGUCCGGCGGAAGGAGAAAGAGCAGAGGAAGAAGCAGCAAAAGGAGAACAUUGAACGGAAGAAGCAGGACAAGGCUAAGGCCAAGGCCAGGGGCGAACCUGUUGAAGAGGAUGACGAUGAGGAGGAGGAUGUUGAUAUGGACGAUGACGACUGGCACAGUGAUGACUUUGGGGAUGAAGAUGAGGGCGCCGAGCCGGAAGAGGAUUCGGACGACUCAAUGGAGGAGUGA